AGCCAAAAUAAAAAAGAAAAAAGAAAAAAGAAAAGGAAAAAGAGGCUUGAGAGAGGUGAGAGAGGAGAGAGGGGCUUACUGCUACGUCAAUGGCGGUUAGGGUAUCUGUGUAAUCGAGUUUCCUCACCUCUGUUUCAUUCAAUUCCGUUCUUGUGUUCUGUCUCCCUCUCCCUUUGUUGGAUUUCUUUAGCAAAAAACCCUAAUUUAGCCUAUCCUGCAAGAAUCAUCUUCAACUUCUUCUUGCGAUUUCUGAGGAAAAGCGGUGGGACUUGUCAUGGGUGCGCCGGAGAAGACAACUACUUCUAACAAUAAUUCGAUGCAGCGUGUUAAGGUAUACCGACUCAAUGAUGAUGGAAAAUGGGAUGAUCAAGGAACUGGUCAUGUCACCAUCGACUAUUUGGAGAGAUCUGAAGAUUUGGGUUUGUUUGUCAUUGAUGAAGAAGACAAUGAAACAUUGCUUGUGCACCGCAUUAGUUCAGAUGAUAUAUAUAGAAAACAAGAAGAUACAAUAAUAUCGUGGAGGGAUUCAGAGUAUUCAAGUGAUUUAGCUCUUAGCUUUCAAGAGACUACAGGGUGCUCGUACAUAUGGGAUCAUAUUUGCAAUGUGCAGCGGAAUCUGCAUUUUAAUACUCUCAGCAAUGAGACAUAUCAUGGUGCUAACAGUGAGUUGAGGGAGUUGCCUGAGGUAGAGCUGUCAACACUUCCUUCAAUACUUAAGGUUGUGGUUGACAGUAGCAUUACUGAUCAGUUAUGUGUGACAGAACUCAUACUACACGAUCAAAAGUUUUUCCGGAAGUUGAUGGAUUUGUUCAGAGUGUGCGAAGAUUUGGAGAACUAUGAUGGCCUUCACAUAAUAUACAAAAUUGUCAGAGGGAUCAUUCUUCUCAACAGUCCGCAGAUCUUUGAGAAAAUAUUUUCUGAUGAAUUAAUCAUGGAUAUUGUGGGAUGUCUUGAGUAUGACCCUGAUGUACCUCACGUCCAUCAUCGCAACUUUCUAAAAGAACAUGUUGUAUUCAAGGAGGCCAUACCAAUUAAGGAUCCCCUAGCUUUGUCAAAGAUACAUCAAACAUAUAGAAUCAGUUACCUCAAGGAUGUUGUUUUGCCUAGAGUAUUGGAUGAGGCCACAUUUGCAAGCAUGAAUUCCAUAAUUCACUCAAAUAAUGGAAUGGUUGUCACUUUGUUGAAAGAUGAUACCACAUUUAUCAAGGAGUUGUUUGCGAGGUUAAAAUCCCCUUCCACAGCUCCUGAAUCCAAGACGAAUUUGGUGUAUUUCUUGCAAGAAUUCUGUAAUUUAAGCAAGAGCUUGCAGAUGGUCCAGCAACUCCGUUUGUUCAGGGAUCUCGUGAAUGAAGGCAUAUUUGAUGUGAUUGCUGAUAUUUUUCAGAGUCAAGAUAAGAAGCUCAUUCUGACUGGGACAGACAUCCUCAUGCUUUUUGUGAGCCAGGAUCCAACCUUGUUGCGUUCGUAUGUUAGUCGGCAGGAAGGUGUCUCACUGAUUGGGCUUUUGGUAAAAGGUAUGCUUAAAGAUUUUGGGGAUGAUAUGCAUUGCCAAUUUCUUGAGAUAAUUCGAAGUCUUUUGGAUACCUAUUCUCCAGCAGGACAGAGAGAUGCUAUUGUUGAUAUUUUUUAUGAGAGGCACUUGGAUCAACUACUUGAUGUCAUAACAUCAUCAUGCCCUCCAUAUGGCACUGCACAGGCUGUUCAUAGAUCCACGAGUUCCAAUGGAAAUUCUGGGAAUCAAACUAGUGCAAAGCCUGAAAUACUUUUGAACAUAUAUGACCUCUUAUGCUUUUGCAUUCUGCAACAUCCUUAUAAGAUAAAGUCCAAUUUUUUGCUUAGUGGUGUAAUAGAGAAAGUUUUAAGUCUGACUUGUAGAAGGGAAAAAUAUCUUGUGGUUGCUGCUAUUCGCUUUGUUCGAACUCUAAUUUCACUUAAGGAUGAGCAACUCAUGAAUCAUAUUGCAAAGAACAAUCUAUUUAAACCGAUUAUAGAUGUUUUUGUUGGUAACGGAAGUCGCUAUAAUUUAUUGAACUCUGCAGUUUUGGAGCUUUUUGAGUAUAUCCGUAAGGAAAAUCUGAAGAUACUACUCAAAUAUUUAGUUGAAACAUAUUGGGAGCAGCUGGUCCAAUUUGACAGUUUACCUUCCAUUCAAUCUCUUAAAGUUAGAUAUGAGCAGGCCAUGGAGCAGGCAACCAAUCAAACUGGCCCAUAUGCAUUGAACUCUAGAAGACGUGUAGAUGAGCGAGCUCUCGAGAAGGAAGAGGAGGAUUACUUCAAUGAGGACAGGUACUGUUGUCUCUACCAUGUGUUCUAAAAUAAAUGCAAUGUUUGUUUGACUUUGGACCUAGUUCAGUGAAGUAUUUGACUUUAGUCAAUCUGAUUUACCCUUCAAUGAUGGCAACCGGAAAAUGUGAUUGUUUUAGUUAUUUUAGGAUGGAAGGAGUAUAAUUAAGUUUCUGACUCCCAUAAAUUUGUCCAACACCAACUGAAUUUGGGCACUCAGUAAGUAAUGGAGUCUUGUAACCUAUAGUCGACACUACCAAUGUUUUGUACUAGUGGGAAUAUAGGUGAUCUUGUUUCAAAUUUUGGCAGAAGGGGUAAGAUGCAUUUAUUCAGACCAUCGUGUAAAGAGAAAUUGGAGGGGUAUAUACUUAGUUCUGACCAUCAGAUAUUUGUCCAAUACCCAUUGCAAUUUGGCACUAAAUAAUGACAAAAUAAUGGAAUCUUGUAAACUAUAGGUAAUGCUCUUAAUAUUUUGUAAUUGCUAAUGUGUGAAGUGGUACUUUUGGGUUCAAGUUUUGCUUAAAGGGACACGUUGCAUUUAUUUAAUCGUCCAAAAAGAAAAUUGUUGCAUUUAUUUUGAGACGGAGGGUGGGAGGUAGUUUCUAACUACUAGGUGUGUUAAUUAAUUUGACAAAAUAUUGGAAUCUUGUAAACUGAAGUCAUACUAUUAGUUUUUGUAAUUACUAACGGGAAAAAGGUAAUUUUGGAUUCAAAUUUUGCUUAAAGGGAAACGCUAAUUUAUUUAGGCUGUCCAAAAUGGGAAAUAGUUGUGUUUAUGUAACGCCCCAAAUCCACACAUUGCAUAUAAC